ACGUGACUGUAACGAGGAAAUAACUUUGAUAUUUAUUGUACAUGGCUGUAAAUAAUCUCAUAAUGUAAUUUAUGGAAACUUGAUCAGUCCAGAGUUCAUUUAGUGCUGAUGAAAGCUUUACAAUGCAUUAGACUCGGCAGUCAGAGCGCAGUAGCGUUACUCGCAGUGCUUCUCGCUUUCGGCCAAGCGUGUAGCCUGUGUCUCAGUUCAUGAGGCGCUCCUGUAGUUUUACACUUUAUAACCUGGACAUUCAAGGAGCUUCUCUGGUCAGAACAUGGAGUGGGUGACUGCAGCUCUGCUGGCGCUUCUGGUCCCGGACUGCCUGGCUGCGACUCGGCCGAACUUCGUCCUUCUAUUUGCGGAUGAUUUAGGAUACGGAGACCUGGGAUUUAGCGGACACCCCAGCUCACUGACCCCUAAUUUGGACCGAUUGGCCGCAAACGGGCUGCGCUUCACCGACUUUUACGUCACGAGCCCCGUAUGCAGCCCCUCCAGAGCUUCCCUCUUGACGGGUCGUUAUCAGACACGCUCUGGGAUCUAUCCAGGUGUGCUCUACCCGGGCUCACGUGGUGGGCUCCCACUGAACGAGACCACCAUUGCAGAGGUCCUAAAGCCAUUGGGUUAUGCCACAGCCAUAAUGGGGAAAUGGCAUCUUGGGUAUGGAGCAAAUGGCACUUACCUGCCCACAAGACAAGGCUUUGACCACUACCUUGGCAUCCCAUACUCUCAUGACAUGGGUCCCUGUCAGAAUCUGACGUGCUUCCCUCCUGAUGUGAAGUGUUUUGGCUACUGUGAUCAAGGUGUGGUAACAGUGCCUCUGAUGUCCUUGGACACCAUCAUACAGCAGCCUGUAGAUUUUGUAAAUCUGGACGAUGCUUACAGAGAUUUUGCCACUCGGUUCAUUCGCACAGCAGCUGAGGCACAGCAGCCCUUCUUCCUCUAUUAUCCGUCUCAUCACACUCACUACCCGCAGUUUGCGGGGUGGAAGUCUGUGGGUAGGUCUCUCAGAGGGCCAUUUGGGGAUUCCCUGCUGGAGUUUGAUUCUACUAUAGGAGACAUUCUACAGACCCUGGAUGAAACUGGUGUCCUCAAAAACACACUCGUCUUCUUCACAUCUGACAAUGGGCCAGAGCUUAUGCGAAUGUCUCGUGGAGGAAAUUCGGGGUUGCUGAAGUGUGGUAAAGGCACCACAUAUGAAGGAGGAAUGAGGGAACCUGCCAUUGCAUACUGGCCUGGAGUCAUAAAGCCAGGCGUUACUCAUAGCCUGUCCAGUACUCUGGACAUCCUGCCUACCUUUGCCAAACUGGCUGGAGCUCCACUGCCCAAAGUUCAACUGGAUGGUGUGGAAAUGACUGAUAUUUUGUUCAACCAUGGACCAGGAAAGAGGGAAGCUAUGUUUUUCUACCCAACUGACCCUAGUGAGAAGUAUAGUGUGUUUGCAGUGAGAUGGGGAAAAUACAAAGCUCACUAUUACACACGGGGAGCAACGCACAGUGGCACCACUCCAGACAAGGACUGCAGUGUGUUUGCUUUUUUGCGGCAGCAUGACCCUCCUCUUCUGUUUGACUUGGAGUCAGACCCUUCUGAGAACUAUAACCUGACACUGAAAAAUUUCCCGGAGUGGGCCACAGUGCAGAAUAAGAUCCAGGACCUAAAGGCUGCAUUUGAGGCUUCAAUGGAGUUUGGGGAGAGCGAGAUUGGUAAAGGAACAGACCCUACGCUGGAGCCCUGCUGUAACCCAGAGUGUUCACCUAAACCUAAAUGCUGCCAGUGUGGGACAGUGGGGUACUAACAGCUUUUUUAUUUUACUCAGUACUGUGAAUGUUUUUCUGCUGUGGUCUUUGGUCUGCACAGAAGCCCUCAGGCCUCUUUUACAAGGGAAACAGACGAGAGACACCUUUAUAUCUUGCAAUCACUGCCUCACACAUCUCCCAUUUGCAAUCAGCAGAAACCCUGGUGAUCAAAUUACCCAGGUUUUAGAUUUAUUCGGAUCUAACAGUGGAUGUAAUUAUUUUUUUAAAUUAUGGAAAUUAAUCUGUAACAAUAACACCUCAAUUUGUAAUUAUAUAAUAAAAUAUGAUCUCUGUUUCAGCCAUA